AUCUCAUUUGCCUGUUUAAUGAAGCCAACAUUAGGCUAUUUUUGUUUGAACGCCUCUUCCAGCAAAGUGCGACCCAGGCAGGCUGAGGGUCAUGAAGGCUGUUAAUCUUGAGCGAGACCAUAAAUUAGUUUUUCCUUUUUGUUUAAGUAAAAAGUAUUCAUUUACUUGCACGUAAUAUUUGCGCCGGCUACUCCAGUUACGCGCCUCCACUGCGCCUCCAAAAAAAAAAAGGAGCAGAAAGCUUGUGAACAGCUGCCUCAGAAGCGCGGAGAUUUCGGUAGAGAUGAAGUAACCAGCUUGGUUUCUCACAGAGCUCCUUUCAUUUACAUCAUCCACCCUGCGCGCAAUGGCACGGAGCGCUCCUCCCGCUGGAGCUGGAAGCUGUGACCGGACAACUUUCAUUUCAGCGCGGAUAAAGCGGCUUCACGAUGGCAUCUGAUGAAUCCUCCACUGGGAAACGGUAACAGGUUUGCCAAAUAUCUCACCUCCCAUGUCACCGGGGAAAACCCAUGGCGAUGUUUAGCAGCGCAGAGCAGCUCUGGAACGAGUCGGACCGCCUCAGAUGGGAAGAGAAGAACAAGUCGGAUGCGUCCGGGAGGGAUGAGGGGGAGCGCAACUACUACGCCAUGCUGUACUCCCUGCUGAUCUUGGCCAUCGUGUUUGGGAACGUGUUGGUGUGUCUGGCCGUGUUGAGAGAGCGCUCGCUCCAGACGACCACAAACUACCUGGUGGUCAGCUUGGCUGUGGCUGACCUGCUGGUGGCGUCACUGGUCAUGCCCUGGGCCGUAUACCUGGAGGUGGUCGGCGGCGCCUGGCUUUUCAGCAGGCUCUACUGUAACAUCUUCGUCACGCUGGAUGUCAUGAUGUGCACUGCCAGCAUCCUCAACCUGUGUGCUAUCAGCAUUGACAGGUACACAGCAGUGGUGAUGCCCGUCUUGUACAACACAACCCACCGUUCGAGGAAGAGAGUGUUUGCGAUGAUUGCCACUGUGUGGGUCCUGGCAUUCACAGUCUCCUGUCCCCUGCUUUUCGGUUUCAACACAACAGAAUCUGAGGGUCUGAUGAAAUUACCCCAGCUUCAGGAAAACAGGAACACAUCAGCUAAUUCCCUCAGAGCUGACACUACUGACGACCCUUUGGUGUGCUCCAUUUCUAAUCCCGACUUUGUGAUUUACUCAUCCGUGGUGUCCUUUUACCUGCCGUUCAUCGUCACUCUGCUGGUCUACAUCCGCAUCUACGUCUUCCUCAGGAUGAGACGGAAAAGGAUCGCCUUCGGACAGGCCAGCGGAAAAGUACAGCCUGGCACUACUCAGCCUUCAAUGGAGACGUGUCUGCAGGAAGAGACUCCCAGGGCAAAGCAUGACUUAUCGCCUAUAAGAAUUAAAGUGCAGAGUGUGGAACCGUCGGGUCCAUCGAAACCCAGUCUGCUCUCAGGCUGCCUGUGGCGCAAACGCCCUAAAACUGGACCAGUGGAGAACUCGAUGCUGCCCCCAGUGGACACGCAGAACUACUGCAGCAUCAGCCACGCCUCCUGUGGACGCACUGAGUUGGAUCUGGAGCAGAACCAAGUGGGGCAGGAUGCAGAGGACAAUGACCAGAUGGAGCUUCCUUCUGUCAGGAUGGGCUGCGAGGUGAAGGAUCUGUCAAACGGACGGACGCACACGUCACUGCGGCCGAUGUCUCAUUCUCAUACCAGCCAGCGAUUCAGGACCAUGCACGCACGGGAGAAAAAGGCAACUCAGAUGUUGGCUAUUGUCCUUGGGGUGUUCCUCAUCUGCUGGCUGCCUUUUUUUGUGACGCACAUUCUGAACACCCACUGCAGGACGUGCUACGUGCCUCCUGAACUAUACAGUGCUUUUACCUGGCUGGGAUACGUGAACAGCGCCCUCAACCCCGUCAUUUACACCACCUUCAACAUCGAGUUCAGACGGGCAUUCAUCAAAAUCCUCAGCUGCUGAACGGAGGGGGGGAAAAAAAACAUGUCAGGAGAUUAAAAUGGAAAUUUGACUGCGAGCUUGUGCAAUAACUCAGGCAUUGGACAUUUGGUAAACUGUGACCCCAAGAAAAAAAGUCGGUGGAGGAAAGCAGGAUGAAGGAUACAGGGAGCAAUAAAUGCAUAUAAAAGUUGUUUUUUCUAACAAAGCUGGGAUUUGAUUUUUAACAGUAUUAUUGCCCAUAUAGUACUAUUAUUCAUGCACACUAUUUGGAGAACAGCACAAGGUGUUCUUUUUUAUCUCUUAUAUUUUGCGGAUUUGUAUUGUACAAUAUAUGUACUUUUCAUUGGCACAGCUCCUCAGUUUAUGGCUUUGGGUCGAUAUGAAUCUAAAACUUCUUAGGAGCCCAAAUGGAGCUUUAAAGCUGAUAAAUGGAUGUGCGGGCCUCUUCAUCCGAAGGCCCUUUUCCUCUGCAGCGUGUGGAUGAACUGACGUUACUCGCCUCUCCUGUUUACCCUCUCCUUCGUCUCCAUGACCUUCAGGUACUCAACAGCGCAUACACAAAUCAAAAUCCACAGCCAUGUAUUAGAAGUGUGCCCAAAGGACCGUGUUGGUUCCUGCCAAGACGCAAAGUCGUUCUGGACAUUUUCAUAUGUAUUGAUGUGCAGCCGUUGUGCUCAAUGUGGAUUCAUUUGAAUAAAAAAGUAAAA